GAUUCAUUUCCUUCUCUUCCAAUGCAUUGUUCCUUGGCACCGGAAGACACUUCCUUGAGACCGUAAUGGAGUCGCCGCGAGUUUACGAGGGGAAGGUGGAGGCCAAGGGGCUGACCGACGACCAAGACAUGAGGAACCAACAUAGAGAGGAGGAGGAGGAGGAGGAGGAGGAGGAGGAGAAAGUGCUUCUAAUGAAAUCUUUAGUUCAGGCACGAGAUCCAGCUGCUAAGGAAGUCGACAAUUUGACACUGAGAAGAUUUCUCAAGGCGCGCGAUUUGGAUAUCGAGAAGGCUUCUUCCCAAUUCCUCAAAUACCUCAAGUGGAAGAGAACAGCAGUGCCAAAUGGAUUCAUCGCAAAGGAAGAAGUCGAGAACGAGCUUUCUCAGAAGAAGAUCUUCGUGCAAGGAGUCGAUAAGGCUCGCCGUCCAAUAGCCGUCCUCUUCGCUGCCAAACACUUCUACUCGAUGCGGCACAUGGAUGAGUUCAAACGUUUUGUUGUAUACACUCUCGACGGACUAUGUUCCAGAAUGCCGGCAGGUCAGGAGAUGUUUACUUGCAUUGGAGAUCUUAAAGGUUGGGGCUAUUCGAAUAGCGACCUGAGGGCGUACCUAGCAGCUCUAGACAUCAUGCAGAACUACUACCCUGAGAGACUGGGCAAAGUCUUUUUGAUCCAUGUGCCGUAUGUUUUCAUGACGGUCUGGAAGAUCAUAUACCCGUUUAUCGAUCAGAAAACCAAGAAGAAGUUCGUCUUUGUCGAGGAUAAGAACUUGAAAGCCACACUGUUGGAGGACAUCGAUGAAGGCCAACUCCCUGAGAUAUAUGGCGGAAAGUUGCAGUUGGUACCGAUCGAUGAAUCCACCGAAUCGUAACUGUAAAACAAGGAGAAGAUAUUAAGAUGGCAGAUGUUGCCUUGUUCUGUACUUGAAAUGACAUAGGUCUUAUCUGAUUAUGCAUUUUCAGACUUUUACCUCGUAAAAUAUUUGUGGCAUUUGUAUUUUCAAGAAUUUAAUUAUCCCUAUUAAAUGGGAUUAUUUGUAAGAUGCAUACGUGAAUAUAAUCUGAACCUUUUA